GAACAGCCAGAAUGCACUUUAUCAUCUGGAUCAUCUUUGCAUUGAUCUUUGCAUUGUUAUUCAACAAUGAAGCGACUGCAUUUUCUCAUCGAAUUGAUAAUGUGAUCCCAAAAUUUAUCGUCGAUGUGACCUCCAUCUUAUUGCCGCCGUUGAGGAUAUCUCUACACUUAUGCACUAGCUAUGACGACACAAUUAGAUUUUCAAGGGAAAUGUCACGCUAUGGCUUGGCACAUGGCAUUCGUAACUCCAACGAAGACUUCGACCAAAGAAUUUACAAUCAUUUUGAACAUCAGAAUCUAUACGCGUUGGAUUUAGACUGCGAUUAUGCCACUGAAACCUUACAACAGGCGCAUUCAAAAAGAAUGUUUGUCGCCCCGGCAAAGUGGCUGCUUCUUCAGGAUCGAAGAACGGUGAUCGAUAGCGUCAAUGUAACUUCUACAUACAAUGAUACGAUAUUGGAAAUCUUUGAGGAUUUGGCAGUCUAUCCUGACAGCGAGGUGCUCCUCGCUCGAAGAUUAGAUGGCGAUUUUCUCGAGCUUUUGUCCGUAUAUCGACCAAGUCCACAACGAGGAGUAGUGUGGGAAAAUCGCGGAAAUUGGACGAUUGAGAAUGGCUUACGAUUGAGAGAUUUUAAAGUGGCUUCGGAACGGAGAAGAAAUCUUCAACGAACGGUUCUCAAAGUCUCAAUAGUGCUGCUGUAUCACAAUACGACUGAUGGUCUUGAUGACUUGGAGGAUAAAAGUGAUUCUAUUGCAAAAGCGACUUAUCACUGGGUACGUUAUUUAGGAGAGCGGAUGAAUGCAACACUAAGUUUCGAAAUUGAAACCACUUGGGGGUAUCCUGAGAAAAAUGGAUCCUGGGGUGGGAUGGCCGGAAAGUUGUAUCGACACGACGUCGAUAUGGCUGGCACUACUAUGUAUAUGCUGCACGAUCGCUUGCAUAUAGUGACAUACGUUCAAUUAUAUACACGCACUCGCGCACUAUUCGUAUUUCGACGACCUUUAUUAUCAACUGUUAAAAAUAUCUUCACAUUGCCCUUUGAACAACGCGUCUGGAUUGCGAUUGCCGUAUUUCUCUUUUUGGUUUCCUGCUUCUUAUAUUUAUCCAUGCAAUGGGAGUAUUAUGAAGCUACUGCAAAAAAGUCGACGGCCUCUUCAAACCCAUUAAAAAUCGCAGAACCGACGGUCAGUGAUAAUAUUUUCAUUCUUUUAGGCGCCUUUUCACAGCAAGGAUAUUCAUAUGAACCAUACAAAAUCUCGACUCGAAUUUCCACUCUCAUGUUACUCGUGGCAUCUCUAAGUCUCUACGCGGCUUACACAGCAAAUAUUGUGGCUCUUUUGCAAUCCACCACGGAUUCGAUCAAAACCCCUGCAGAUAUUUUGCACAGUCCGUUAACUCUCGGCGUGGAUGAUGUCAAGUAUAACCAUUAUAAUUUUGAAUUUCACCAAGAUCCCAUUAGAAAAGCGGUCUAUGAACAGAAAAUAUUGCCAAAUGGAAACCGAACCUGGAUGAGUAUAGAGGAAGGAAUACAUCGCAUAAGAACCGAAACCUUCGCGUUUUACGGACCGCAGGGACAAAUAUAUCACCUCGCGCAGCAGACAUUUCAGGAAGACGAAAAGUGCAGUCUGUCCGAAGUGGACUAUUUCAAAUUGCCGUAUCCGUUUCUCCCGCUACCAAGACAAUCGCCUUAUUUAGAGAUAAUAAAAAAUGGAGCCAUAGUAUUACAAGAAUACGGACUUAAAUUUCGUGAAGAACGUCGUUUGUACCCGGAUAAACCAACGUGCUCAAGCGCGUCCAACUACAUCACCAUCGGUUUCACAGAAUGUUACUUCGCGAUAGUCUCAUUGGGCUAUGGAAUACUGCUCAGCGUUACCGUGUUUGUGUUCGAGUUGCUGUGGUACAAGAUAAAAAAUAAAGACGUGAGAAAGAAAACGACUGAACAAAAAAAAACUGUGCUAGAGGAAAUAGAUGUUGACAUUGUCGAAUAUUGACUAGACUGCCGCAGAUAUAAACUGCUGCAAGAAUGUGUAUUCAGAAACAUCAGAUUUUUCAAAUUUCUAUUGUUCUGUAAUGAACAAAUUACUUUAACCACUCUGUAAACCUUUUUUUUCUGUGUUUUUUAACAAAAAAAAAUCGAUAGUCAAUAUUUAUUUAAUGUACGUUAAUGGAGCAUAUAAUUAACUAUGGAAAAUACGUACACAAUUCUGUUUGUUAAAAGGAAGCUUUCCCACUAUGCAAUAAAUAUCGCACAUUUUAUCUUAAAAUAUAUAUUUUUGAUGAACUCCCACCGUGCAAUUAAUUAAUAAACGCAA